CCCUCCAUUUCAAUCCCCCCCCGCGCCUCCGCCUCCUACAUAAUCGCCUCUGCCCGAGCCUGCCACACUCCUCCUCCUCUACCUCCGGCCCCUCCUCCACCUACCCUCCGCCGCCGCCCGCCUGCCCCCGCCGCCCCGCCGCGCCCGGAGUCGGAGGAGGAGCAGCCGCGCGAUGGCCGACAAGGAGAACUCCGCCUACGCCGCCGCCGCCCCUCGCAUGACCCGCGCAUCCACCAAGCGCGCCGCCGCCGUCACCGCCGUCGCCGUCGCCGCCAAGCGCAAGCGCGUCGCGCUCAGCGAGAUCCCCACGCUCCCCAACGGCGCCCCCCAGCCGCACGCCAAGCCCAAGAAGCCGUCGUCCCAAGUCGCCAAGCCCAAGAAGAGGUCCGUGUCGUCCCUGUCCCUCCCCGCGCCCAAGCCGGCGCCCGACGCGGUCGACGAGACCGGCGACCCGCAGCUCUGCGCUCCGUACGCGUCCGACAUCUACUCCUACCUCCGAUCCAUGGAGGUCCAGGCGAAACGGCGGCCGGCGGCGGAUUACAUCGAGCGGGUGCAGGUGGACGUCACCCCCAACAUGCGCGGCAUCCUCGUCGACUGGCUCGUCGAGGUCGCCGAGGAGUACAAGCUCGUCUCCGACACGCUCUACCUCACCGUCUCAUACAUCGACCGCUUCCUCUCGGCCAACUCCCUCAACCGUCAGAAGCUGCAGCUCCUCGGCGUCUCUGCCAUGCUCAUUGCCUCGAAGUAUGAGGAGAUCAGCCCCCCAAACGUGGAGGACUUCUGCUACAUCACUGACAACACCUACAUGAAGCAGGAGCUUGUUAAGAUGGAGAGGGAUAUACUAAACAACCUCAAGUUUGAGAUGGGCAAUCCUACCGCCAAGACCUUCCUAAGGAUGUUCAUCAAAUCUGGCCAAGAAGACAAGAAGUAUCCUAGCCUGUUGCUGGAGUUCAUGGGGAGCUAUCUCACCGAGCUGAGCCUUUUGGAUUAUGGCUGUGUCCGGUUCUUGCCAUCAGCUGUUGCAGCCUCAGCGGUGUUCGUUGCACGGCUGACCCUUAAUCCAGACUCCAACCCUUGGAGCAAGAAGUUGCAAUCAGUAACCGGGUACAGGGCAUCCGAGCUGAAGGACUGCAUUACGGCCAUACAUGACCUGCAGCUCAGCAGGAAAGGGCAAUCGUGGAAUGCAAUCCGGGACAAAUACAAGCAGCACAGGUUCAAGGGUGUAUCUUCAUUGCUACCUCCUGUUGGGAUCCCUGCAUCAUACUUUGAAGACCUCAAGGAGUAGGUGUUCUUUGGUGGUGCUGCAGUGAGAUCAAAUCAACACUCUCUGAGGUUUCCUCGAGCGUGAUACAUGAUGAGUGAAGUUCAGGAGUGGCUUUGUCAGUCCGGUUAGGGUAGUCACAGAUCCUUAGGUGCUGGCAAUGUCAUAAACCUCAGCUAGGCGCUUUCGGAGUUAAAUUAUUACAAAUUAGCCUGGUAGAAGGCGAGGCAAGUUGAGACCUGUACCUGUGUAUCAUACCUAUACAUUACACUCUGAUGCCGUUUUUCUUUCUUAAAAACAACAGUCUAAUGCCUUUAUUUAUUGGGCCAGACCCAGAAUUGCAAUGUUUGAUUA